UAUCCCAAUGGAAAAGCCGACAAAUAAUAGAGUUUUGUAACUGAGCUGUGCGUCGAAUCCGUGGCGGAUACCCGACAAAUCUCUCUCAAAGAAACUAAAUCUCUACAAUCAAUGCAUCAACCAUUUCUAUCAGAUUUCGUUGUUUUCUGCUGCUAAUCAUUCUUUCCCCUUUUCCUCAACCCAAAAUCAAUUUCAAUUUCAGGAUCAAACAUCUGUUUUUGUUGUUGCUGUUAUCCAUCCAAUUCAAUUUUCCCGACCUCCAAUGUCGAAACAGAGCUACAGAGUGUGCUUCUGCUUCCGGCGGAGGUUCCGGAUGGCGGCGGCGGAAGCUCCGGCCGAUAUCAAGGCUAUUUUCGAUGAAUACUCAGAAAACGGGGUUAUGAGCGUGGAUCAGAUGCGGCGGUUCCUGGUGGAGGUGCAGAAGGAGGAGAAUUCCACUCUGGAGGAUGCGCAAGCUGUGAUGGAUAGCCUCCAUGAACUGAAGCAUCUUAAUGUAUUUCAUAAGCGAGGGCUUAAUCUCGAGGGUUUUUUCAAGUACUUGUUUGGCGAUGUUAACCCCCCUCUUAAUCCCAAACUCGGGGUUCACCACGAUAUGAAUGCUCCGCUGUCUCAUUACUUUAUAUACACUGGCCAUAAUUCGUAUCUAACAGGAAACCAACUGAGUAGUGACUGUAGUGAUGUUCCUAUCAUAAAUGCACUACAUAAAGGUGUAAGAGUUAUUGAAUUGGACAUAUGGCCGAAUUCAACAAAAGACAAUAUUAAUGUUCUACAUGGGAGGACGCUGACCACUCCGGUUGAACUCCUCAAGUGUCUGAAAUCUAUUAAAGAACACGCUUUUACUGCAUCUGAAUAUCCUGUUGUAAUAACACUUGAAGAUCAUCUUACACCGGAUCUUCAGGCUAAAACGGCAGAGAUGAUAAAUCAAACAUUUGGAGACAUGCUGUUUUCGCCUGGUUCAGAAUGCUUGAGUGAGUUCCCCUCCCCAGAAUCUCUAAAGAAAAGGGUUAUUAUUUCAACGAAGCCACCGAAAGAGUACUUGAAGGCCAAGGAUGUUAAAAUCCAAGAGACUGACUCAAAGAAGGGAACCGAUUCAGCUGCGGAACCUUGGGGGAAAGAAGUCAAAAGCUUUAAAGGUUUUAAAGCCAAUCUUGAUGAAGAUAAGGAUGAUGAUUUAGAUGGGGAAGGUGACGAAGAUGAAGAAGACGAGGAAGAGGAUCUUAAGUCACAGCAGAACACAGCACCUGAAUACAGGCGUUUGAUUGCUAUUCAUGCUGGAAAGGGGAAAGGAGGAAUGGCGGACUGGCUUAGGGUGGAUCCUGACAAAGUGAGACGACUUAGCCUGAGUGAGCCGGAGCUGGAAAAGGCUGUUAUUACUUAUGCCAAAGAUAUUGUGAGGUUUACACAGAAGAACUUGCUGAGAGUCUACCCAAAAGGUAUACGUUUUGACUCUUCCAACUACAAUCCUCUAAUUGGAUGGAUGCAUGGAGCUCAAAUGGUUGCGUUCAAUAUGCAAGGUUAUGGGAGAUCACUGUGGUUGAUGCAUGGCAUGUUCAGGGCGAAUGGUGGUUGUGGAUAUGUUAAGAAACCAGACUUUUUGUUAAAGGGUGGUGGUGAGGUGUUUGAUCCAAGAGCUACAUUACCUGUCAAAACUACUUUGAGGGUGACUGUGUAUAUGGGUGAAGGAUGGUAUUAUGACUUCCGUCAUACUCAUUUCGAUACUUAUUCUCCUCCAGAUUUCUAUGCAAGGGUGGGAAUAGCAGGAGUGCCAGCUGAUGUUGUAAUGAAGAAAACAAAGACGCUUGAAGAUAAUUGGAUACCUACUUGGGACGAAGUUUUUGAGUUUCCACUAACGGUUCCAGAACUGGCGCUGCUUCGUAUUGAAGUUCACGAGUAUGAUAUGUCUGAGAAGGAUGACUUUGCAGGGCAGAUUAGCCUGCCAAUAUCGGAGCUUAGAGAAGGUAUCCGUGCAGUUCCACUUCACUCGCACAAAGGGGUGAGGUACAACUCUGUCAAGCUUCUUAUGCGAUUUCAGUUUAUCUGAUACACACGGGUAUUACUUUCUCCCAAGUUAUUUUUCUUGUUUGAGAUUAAUUGUGAUGUAUAUUUAUGCAACUGUAUUAUUAUUGUUUACUUGUUUGUGAAUUUAUGAAGAGUCAAAUAAUGUAUAGGAGUGUGUGGUAUCGGAGUGUGUUGCGAUGUGGUUCUCAAACCAGAGUUUGUAUGUAUUCUGUUUUAGGAAUAUUUACUUGCUUAAAAUACAAAAUAUUUUCCUCAUUUUUGGUACUAGCUUUAUAAUAUCUAUUCA